CAGGCUUCCAUCGCAGCCGCUGCCUCUUCCAAAAACAAAAAGAAUACGCCGCCGCUACUAUGUUUUCGAGCCCCUCUCUUCCGCAGCGUCUCCCAUGGCAACCGCCUCCGCGACAUCUGCCUCGUCCGUCGCAGGAAUUGCAGCGCCGACCGCCAGCACCACAACGCCGGUCUUCUCCUCCGGCUUAGCCUCACCCGGCCAAUAUUCCAGGCCUUAUUCCCUGUUCCAGCAUCUGCCGCCAACGUUCCCUUGGUCAGCACCAAUUCCAGUGCAACAAGUUCCCCUUGAGCCGCCCCCCUUCUCGGUUCCUUCGUUUGCUGGACCAACCUUUGUUGGGUCACCGGGAAUUUCCUCUGUCCGGACACCAGCAGGCGGCCACACCAAUUCUCCAUUAGCAGAACUUGCUCAGACUAUAUCACAUGUGGCGACAAACGUCACCAAUAUCGUGACUACCAAGCUCCUAGCAGUCGAACAUUACACUACGUGGCGGGCACAGUUUGAGUCGUUCUUAGUCUCGCAGGGCCUCCUUGACAUGGUUGAUGGAUCAAUUCAGGUACCUACUCCUUAUUCCAUAGAUGUUAUUAACCGUCAAUUUCCCAAUCCCGAAUUUUCUACUUGGCUGCGCAUUGACCAAACCAUUCGUUCAUGGUUAUUUGCCACUCUUUCUCGUGAUGUUCUUAUUGAUGUUCGGGAUUUAAAACAUUCAUGUGAAAUUUGGGAACGGUUAGAAUCUCGAUUUAUGUCAGUCAGUUUGGCCAGAUCUAUGGAAUUAAAGCGAUUAUUUUCUCAAAUUAAAAAGAAAACUGACCAGUCAAUGGAUGAUUAUUUAAGGGAGAUUAAAAUUUUGGUUGAUGAUCUUGCUAUUAUUAAUUUCCCUGUCCCUCCUCGCGAAGUGCUCAAAACUACUAUUAUGGGUCUGGGUUAUGAGUAUGAAUCUAUGUUCACUACUGUCUCGCUAUUCCUCGACAAUUUUCCGUUUGAGAAACUUCACAUUCAUCUCCUUGAACAAGAGCAGCGGGUUCUUUAUCUCCGCUCCGGCAAUUCCUCCAUCCAUCAGGCUUUCAGUGCCGCGACGUCUUUUCCGGGAAGUCUGCCAAUUCGUAGUCGAGCCACCAGGUGCAGGGCUAUCAUCCGUCGGGUGGUCAGCAACAGCGCCCGUCCGGUCAGCCGUACUGAGGCCGUGGAUGCGGCAGGGGGCGCGGUGGUCGGGGAAGAGGCUGAGGAACGCCGGUGCAGACCGUACUUUGGUACCCGCAGCAGAAUCAAGCCGGUUACACCGCGGCACGGGGUGGAUCCUCCGCUCCAGCUGGGCAUGCUCCACAUUCAGGGGGUGUGCAAACUAUGGGUACUGUUAUUUGUAAUUCUACCAUGUCACAUUUAACUAUGGGUACAUGUUGGUGUUACUAAUUCUAAUUCUGCAGGCUUGUCAUCAGAUGGGGGCAUUCUUGGUUCUGUUCCCCACCCUGUUGUGUGUCAAAUUUGCUUUUCUGCAGGUCAUUCAGCUGUUACCUGCCCUCACGUUUUACUCAGCCUUCUGCUCCUGCUUUGUUGACUACUCCUGGAGAAUCUAAUCCGGCUAUAUGGUAUCCUGACUCUGAAGCUUCUGCUCACAUGACAGCAUCUGAAGUCAAAAGAAUUUUCAGGUACUUGCAGGGGACACGUGAUCAUGGAUUGUGGCUACAGCAUUCUACUCGACCCACAUGCGUUGUUGCUUAUUCUGAUGCGGACUGGGCUGGUUGUCCUGAUAGCUCACGAUCCACUACUGGCUUUGCUGUCUUCUUGGGUCCUAAUUUAAUCUCCUGGAAAUCCAAGAAACAGCCCACCGUCUCAAAGUCAUCCACAGAGGCAGAGUAUCGUGCUAUUGCAUACACCGUUCAAGAUACCCUCCACAUCAGUUCUGUUCUCUUUGAGCUCGGCUACCCCAUCACGGCACCUGUGCAUCUCUUAUGUGAUAAUAUUUCAGCUUCCUAUUUGACUGUAAAUCCUAUUCAACAUGCUCGGAGUAAGCAUAUUCAGAUUGCUUAUCAUUUUGUUCGCGAACGUGUUGCCCAUGGUGAUCUUAUCGUUAAGCAUGUUCCUACACAUCUACAGUUGGCAGAUAUUUUUACUAAGAGUCUACCUACUCAGCGUUUUCAUUUUUUGAAAGACAACCUGCGC